AAAAUCUUAAAAAGUUUAUCUCUAGCUCAAAACAAUUGAACAAAAGUAGCAAUUUUUCUUCUCAUUCAAUCAAAAUGGCUUCUACUGCAACAACCACUCUCUUCAUCUCCUCAGAAUUCAAACCAAAUCUCCCCAAUUCCCUUCUUUUGCCACGAAUUCGUAUCUGCAACAAACCCUUAUCAAUUUCACUUCAACCAUCGAAAUUCCGUGCAACCCAUUUAUCACUAUGCAAUUGUUCCCGCACUCCAUUAACACCCUCCACAAUUUUCUCUCCUCAAACAACUUUAACCAACUUCAUUUCACAAAAAAUUUCAUUUUUUCUCAUUGGGUCGUUCAUCUUCGUCGCUUGCUUCAGCAGAAAACCCGCUUUUGCAGUUUCAGUACCUUCUGUUGAUUCAGCUGAAAUUUUGGAGGAAAAGAUUUUGGAGAAGGAUUCAAGAAAUGUUGAGGCUCUUAAAGUGAUUGUGUAUGGGAAAAUUAGGAGAGGGAAGUGCAAAGAAGCUGAGAAGUUUGUGAAGAGGUUGAUUGAUGAGGAACCAAAUGAGGUUGAGUGGAGGCUUUUGCUUGCAUUGUGUUAUGAGACAAUGGGGUAUUUGAGUAAGGCUAAAGGAUUGUAUUUGGAAAUUUUGGAGAAUUGGCCUCUUUUUGUUAGAGCUCUUCAUGGUUUGGCUAUGGUGAUGCACAAAAACAAAGAGGGUCCUGCUGUAUUUGAAAUGCUGAACAAGGCUGUAGAGUUAGCUAUUAAUGAAAACAAAGUUACGGAGGAGAGAAAUAUAAAGAUCUUAACUGCACAAAUGCGUGUUGUACAGGGUGAUUUGGAGGAGGGCUUGAAAAGAUGUCAAGAUUUGAUUGAUCAAAAUCCUCGAGAUUUUAGGCCUUAUCUUUGCCAGGGAAUAAUAUACAGUCUUCUGGAUAAAAAGGAGGAAGCUGCAAAACAGUUUGAAACAUAUCAAGCUCUUGUGCCUGAAGAGUUUCCACAGAGGGGAUUUCUUGAUGAUAUCACCUUAGCAGCAAAAGGAACAUCCCCAGUACAGUUUCAGAAGGAAUUCAGAAAUCAAUUUUCUGACCAAAAAUAGGAAAGGAAAAAAUAUAGGAUGUUUUCUUCUUAGCUAUCUAGCAAUAAUCAAGAAAUGAAAUGCAGUAGCACAGCACACUCUUGUAAAGGCAAAAUCUUAGACUGCUUUAAUGAUGAAGUAAAGUAAGAUUUAGACAUGAGGGUACAACGUGAGGCUGGAUUCACAGAGCAACAAACACCUCCUACUCCUGGCAGUGGAAGGAUCACAUGCCGCUGCCCCUCCAACCCAUAAUACCUAGUGAGCCUAGCCCCUUGAACCAUAAUUUUCCCAAGCCGACCCCACUUAGUGGGAUAAAGCUUGGUUGUUGUUGUAAUGAAGUAGAAUGUGUUACAUAAUUUGUUUUUCUAGCCCUUGCAGUGCAUGGUUCGGGGUCCGAGAUUUUGCUUGUCUAGCUCUGUUCAAAUCAUGUAUGUGUUUCACAUUUUUAAGUAGGAUGCUUUAUCUUGAUUGAGAAAUCUGUGAAUAAGAAUUUGUCUGUUGAUUGAGAAACGCUAUGUUAAAUGUUUGCAUAA